GUGGACGAGACUGUACCUUAAGGUGUCAAACUGUCAACAAGCUAAUAACCAAAACUAACAAACGGAAAUAAUGAAAUAAUUCUAAUAUUAUGAAAUCUUUAUUCAAUAAUAAUAUUAAUAAUACAACAUUUCUUGUGUAUUUUUAAUAAUAAAAUGGAAAGGAACUAAAUAUUUUGACUGUCAAAACAGUUUUUAACUUUCUAACCUCAAAAUACACGCAACGCAAUGAAUGCGAAAUCUAUGUUUUUGAUGCCAGGUGAUACAUUCUGGCAGGAGGAUAAAAUUGAUGUGAAUCCAACUGAUUCUACGCAAUUUAUUUACAAUGCACAUCAUUCUUUGUCGCUCGAUGUGCAACGUCAAAGACUGCCAAUAUUUAAAUACAUGAGGCACAUUAUUUAUUUACUGGAAAAAUACCAAACUUUAGUUCUAGUCGGUGAGACAGGUUGUGGAAAAAGUACUCAAAUACCGCAGUAUCUUGUACAAGCAGGAUGGACGGCCGAUAAGAAAAUGAUAGGAAUCACUGAACCUCGAAGAGUAGCGGCCACAACGUUAGCAAGUCGAGUGGCUGAGGAACGUGGCUGUAUGUUGGGCACUGAAGUUGGAUAUUGUAUUCGUUUCGACGAUUGUUCUAAUGAAAGCACCAAAAUAAAGUACAUUACCGAAGGAAUAUUAUUACGAGAAAUGAUGAGAGAUCCAUUACUCACAAAAUAUUGUGUCAUUGUUAUGGAUGAAGUUCACGAGAGGACAGUUUUAACCGAUAUAUUAAUGGGUUUAUUAAAGAAAAUACUAAGAAAACGAAAAAGUUUAAAAGUUAUAAUAUCCUCGGCAACUGUUGACGCAGAGGAACUUCGAGAUUUUUUCAAUUUAAAUACAAAUAAGAAGCCGGAAAACGACACAGCGACUGUAAUAAGUGUUGAGGGUCGUUUACAUGGUGUUGACAUUUAUUAUGCUCAAGAGCCAGUUCCUGAUUACGUUCAAGCGGUGGUUAAUACAGCAUUAAAUAUACACAAGACUGAAGAAGCCGGUGAUAUUUUGGCUUUUCUCACAGGAUUAGAGGAAGUAGAUAAGGCCGUUUCCCUUUUGUCUGAGCACGCGAAACUCAUAAAGGAAGGAGAUCAUCAAUUAUUACCAUUAGCAAUGUAUGGAUCACUUCCAAACUCAGAACAACUUAAAGUCUUUUGGAAGGCACCUAAAAAUACACGAAAGGUCAUUAUUGCGACAAAUAUUGCAGAGACUUCGAUUACAGUUCCAAAUAUCGUUUACGUGAUUGAUAGUGGUUUUGUAAAAUUACCAUGGUUCGAUCCGGAAACUUUAAGCAACAGUUUGGUUGUUGCUCCUGUUUCUAAAGCUUCAGCCGAUCAACGAUUAGGUCGAGCUGGUCGUGUUAGAGCUGGAAGAGUGUACAGACUAUACACUGAAGAUGCUUAUAAUGAAUUAUCUGAUUCAACGCCACCGCAAAUGCAACGAACAGAUUUAUCGCCGGCAAUUUUGCAACUUAAAGCACUGGGUAUAGACAAUGUGUUACGAUUUAAUUUCCCAUCGUCGCCACCGAGCAUAAAUCUUCUCGCCGGAUUGGAAUUAUUAUAUACACUGGGAGCGAUCAAUAAUAAUGGAGAAUUAACCGAUGAUGUUGGAUUUACAAUGGCUGAAUUACCACUGGAGCCUAUUUUUGCAAAAUGCCUUAUUUCCUCCGGGCAAAUGGGAUGUUCAGAAGAGAUAACAACAAUUUUGGCAAUGCUCCAGGUGCAAAAUGUUUUCACAAAACCAAUAAGUGGCGAUAAAGCAUUAAAAGCUCGUGUCGCUCAUCGUUUGUUUCAAGUACACGAAGGCGAUUUAAUAACCCUUUUAAAUGUCUACACAGCCUAUGAGGAAAAUAAAAAUGGAAGUUGGUGUCAAAGGAAUUUUCUUAAUCAAAAAGCUUUGCGAAGAGCCACGGAAAUUCGAUCGCAAAUGAGGCAGCAAUUAAAGAAACUCGACAUCCCACUAACAACUUGUAGAGGAAAUACUCAAGUGAUUUUAAGAUGCAUAACAACUGGACUCUUUCCAAAUGCAGCGUAUCUUCAUUAUUCCGGAGUAUACAAGACUGUCCGCGGAAAUAAAGAUUUAUAUAUUCAUCCCAAUAGUUGUUUAUACACAAUGCAACAGCCACAAUGGCUAUUAUUUUGCGAGAUAGUGCAAACAAAUAAAACCUACAUGAGAGAAUUGACAGUAAUUCAAGCUGAAUGGCUAACGGAAUUGGCUCCUCACUUUUACGAAAGAAGAAAAUUCGACAGUGUAUAAAAAUGAAAUUAACUAUUCAUAUUGAAUACUUAAAUUAAUAUUCAAUUCUUGAAUUCAUAUUCAAUACUUGAAUCAGAAUAUUGUAAAAAUAUUACAAACUAGAAAAUGAUACGCGCGCCAGCGUGCGGAACGGGGUUUUCCGUUUAUUAUUAUUUUGUAAAUUAAAAAAUUUUAUAUUUUCAAGAAUAAACAUCAAUUUUUAAAUGAU